UAUAAAUGUAGAACUCGAUUAGGAGGAAAUGUCAAAACUGGUAAACCUGUGCUAAGUGCAGCUUUACAAAGAUUGGUUUUAGUUACGCUAUUUAAUGAAAUAGACCAAUACUUGGAUCAAUAUAAAAAUCGGACAAAAGCAGCAAGUGAUGACCAAACAACCACUGAUGACAAGGAUGUGGAAGCAGGUGUUGCAGUCACAUUAAGAAAUUUGGCGGAAUUUUUGCCGUAUUGGGAACAAGAGGAUUUUUAG